AUGAGUCAUAUAGCAACUAUAUUGGAAGUGUUGAUUGACAACCAGCUGGUAGCCAAUUGGAAGAAGUGUCAGUUUGGGGCAGUGAGUAUUGAGUAUUUGGGACAUAUUAUUUCUACCAAUGGAGUAUCGGCCGAUCCAUCUAAGCUGGAACCUAUGAGUAGCUGGCCUACACCACGUAAUGUGAAGGAAUUGAGGGGUUUCCUCGGUCUCACCGAAAACUAUAGAAAAUUUGUGGCCAACUAUGGCACCAUAGCUUUGCCAUUGACUCAGCUACUGAAGAAGGGAAGUUUCCAGUGGAGUGAGGAAGCGGAGGAAGCGUUCCAAUGUCUCAAAUCAGCCAUGGUUUCUGUACCAGUGUUGGGAUUACCCAACUUUAACGAACCAUUUGUAGUAGAGACGAAUGCAUAA